AUGAGGAAGCUAAAGGACAAACCACAAGUUCUAUUUAAGAACUCGAACAAUACGAUUAAUACGUACUCAAAAACAUGCUCUGCGUUCUCAGAGUCCGUCACGAAAAGCAUCAUCAUGCAAUUAAAGAAACAGAUAAAGAAUAACAACUACUAUCAUGACAAUGGUACGAUUAAAAGGGAUUUGAGCAUAGAAACGGAUAUCUGCAUUUUAAGAAGAUAUUUAAAAGAAAAUAAAUACCGAUUGGUGAAUAAGAAUUCUUCGUCAGCAAGAUUUAAAUAUUCUAUAAACAAUGAUAAAGUUGAAGAGUCGAAGGCUGAUACAAGUGCCUGUGGAGACAGCCAGUAUACGAUGGAAAAUGCUCAAUUCAAACUAGAUUUGACUACCUUAGUCGUUGACAACUUAAAAAGCUUGUUAAAUAAUUGGAUAAAAAGGUAUUUGUUGGAAAACAAUAAAACAAAACAGAAAAUAGAGACCGUUCUUGAUUCUAUUUUACAUAAAGUUGAGGUCGAGCAAACGUCAUCUUCUGGCACUUAUACUCUAGAUGUCGAAAUAGUCAAUGAAUCUGAAGUAAUACAAUCGUAUGCAAAGAAACAUAGUAAGAAAAAUACUACAAAGAAACUCAACAAAAAAAUAUCAUCACAAACUGUACCGUUAGCAAAAAAUCGACUUAAAUUAAUAUCAACAUUAAGCGUACCCAAGAUAUCUUCUAAAUAUAUGAAGAGUCAAAAGAAUCACUUACAAAUUAACAAAACGUCAGUAAACAAAUUACUUUCCAAUUCAUCUAGCUAUAACGUUUUAGAAAUAAGAACUGAGUCACUAACAAAGCGAUGUGCCACAUAUCAAAAACUAAAAUGGGAAAAAAGUAGUAUGCAAAAUAAACUUAAUUUUCAAUCGUUGCCUUCUCCCACUACGAUAAGCUCUGUACAAACACUAAGCAAAAAUAAUGAAAACACACAUUUUAAACCUUUCAACGAAUAUGAACAAAGUAAAGAGAUGAAUAAAUUGAAUGUAAUUAAAAAACAGGACCUUAAUACGAGUUUGGACGCUUCCCCAGUAGUUAAUAAUCCUAUCAUAGUAGCGCAAUAUAAAAAGGACGAUAGUAAACAAAAUCAGCGCAGAGUUGUAAAAAAACGUCUAGUAACGUUACCGUCACGUAACCGGAAUAUCAAAACAAAAUCGUUUUCUUAUAAUUGCAAAAAGAGAACAAAGCAAUUUAAUCGACACAACACAUUUUUACAACACAUUGAAAAUAUAUUGCGAUAUUUUGAAGGAUGUAAGAAUAUCAAAGACCUCAAUUUUAACAUUCACGUAAACGUUUCUCCGGCAACAUCAAGAGAAAAAAAAGGAGAACAUGUUUUAGACAAUAUUCAAUCCCAAGAUGAAAUUAAAAAUAACCAAACCUUUCUUUACAAAGUUGAACACGAUGGCACAAUUAAAUCUCAAGGUGGUUUGAGAGAAAGUUUAGACAGUAAAAAUAUUAUAUCCAUACUUGACGGAACAAGGAGUCAGUCAAAAUAUUUAAUAAGUCAUUCAUCAUCAAUUAAUAAACUUAGAUUAAAGGGAAUAAACUUAACAAAUAAAAAUACUGGAACUUCUGGCUUGGAUAUCAUCCAAGACUUUGGCGAGAUUAAAAGAAUAAUUCGAGAUUUGGUCAGUGCCGCGGAGCACAUUGUCAAAGAACAACUUGAUAAGAAGAAUACGGCACUAGGAGAAAAAUGUUCAAAUCAAGGUUCGGCUAAGUCAAUUGGUAUUCAAUGCGUGACAGCUGAAACAAGGAAUGUUACAAUAUCAGGACUCAAACUGAAAAAAGAACCAAAGAAAAGGGAAAGUAAAGAUUAUAAUCCUAGAUUAACGAAAACAAGUACUUCAUAUCGUAUAAUAGAGAGUGAAUCUCUUCUUAAAGUACACGAUUUAACUGCUCUCCCAAGAACAAUAGAGGCAGAGAAGAAUAUAGUGAAAACAGGAUCUUUAGAAAAAUCUCAAUCCUUAAUAGACGUUUCACCACCACAGAAAAAUAAAUUACUGGCGUUUUAUUGUGACAAUUGUAUAAAAACCAGACAAUGUAUGUAUGAUGCUUGCAACCAUAACGUUCCUUGUGCUAAUAUGUAUUCUACUUGUUGCAAUGAUGACUAUGACAAUCAUGUACGUAUAGAAAACUGCCACAACAUUAAUUGCCUGGAAAACAGACAGUUGAUGCAAUGUAAAAACAAUAAUUUCUGCAUAAUACCCCAUCAGACUUGCUGUGAUGAAAACAAUGAUGUAGAAGAAACCACAUCCCUUUGUCCCGACAUAGAAAGGACAACGUGUGAUAAGAAAUUUGUUGUUACGAAGCGUCGUCUAGGCUUUAAAGAGGGCUGUUUAUACUGCUUAUGUAGCUGUUUCAUUAGGAUGAAUUCAAGAAUAAAUAUCAGCGGUUCAAAAGGAAUUAGUUCUUUUAAAUAUGAGCAAGCGUAUGUUGUAUCGUUUUCCCAUAAUGUCAAUGAAAGUAAUUAUGGAGCAGAACUACAUCCAGAAACUCAGAACAAUUUUAAUAAUGCAAUAAACAUCGGAACUAAAACAAAUCCUAUUCUAUGUUCUUACGUUGUUAAUGUCAUAGAUGAAAUUAUCGAUAACGUGGUAUAUGGUAAAAGCGAAAUACACAAGCCGCAAUUUCAAAAUGAUUUAAAAGUUGAUUUGGAUAUUCCGGCUAAUAGUAUAUCAAUAUUUAAAGAUAUAAUAAGCUCGCCGUAUUCAAGUACAGAUACUAUUCGAAAUAAAUCGACUACGAGCGGCGAAACACUUUGUAAUUCAGUAAAAUCUGGUUUGUUUGAAGAUUCUUUUCAUGUGAAUCUCAAGAAUGAAGUAACCAAAGUUGAAGGUAACACUCAAUUAGUUUUACCAACUCCAUUAUUGAACGAAACUUUAACAGAACAAAUAGAUAAUGAUGAUAUAAGAACUAACUCUAUACUGAAAAUUGACAUACCUCCAGACUUAGAUCAGGAAUGUAGAAUGUCAGAGAAUGUAGGUGAUUCACAAAAAGAUGAAAUUGAUGAUGAAUGUGAAUUGGAAAGGGAAUCCACUAAGACACCAUACAAGAAAGAUAUUAUAAAUAUAGCAUUAGCGCAGAUGAGCCAAAAUUCUAUAAUAACCGCCCAAAAUGAUAAACUUGAUCGUGUACAAAACGUUUCUUAUAGAGAAAAUAUUUUAAGUUGUGACUUACUACUGUGUCAUAAUCCUGAUCUGAAGACAAAUGAUUUUAUGUCGAACUUGUAUACCGAAAACGAUUGGCAUGAAAAUAGUGGUAUAACACUAGUUGGUUCUGUUUUAUCUGAAUUAUCAAGCAGAGAUGAUUAUUUCCUAGCCGAUACCGGGUCAAGUGUAAAUAAGACAGAUAAUUCAGUAAACUCUAUAACUUCGCGUUCACAGAACGAUUCUAGCGUAGAUGGAAAAGAUGAACAAGAUUCUAGAGAUGGUAAUACCGUAAUUAUCUCACGUGUUUGUCCAUCUACCAGUUACGCAGAUCAGUACCUCUGUACUAACAAUGUUGUCAUAUCAGAUGACAUACAUAAAAUGUACCCAUUAAGAAGCAAAGGCGACCAUCAAUCCAUAGAUAAGUUUCCAAAAAACCUAUUAAAAAAAUCAUUUGAAGUCGAAGAGAGUGAACAUUUUCAAAAAAGUGUAAACUUACCGAAUCAAGCUAUUAUAAAAGAGAUUUUGACAGAAAAUCAGAAUUCACACAAAUUAUCGUGCUCUGAGGAAUCGAGGAAUUUUCAACCGUUUCCUGAUAUAUGGGAGAAGAUCGCUAACACCCUCGACUUAGCAAUAAAAAGGUUGGAAGAGUCACUAAGUGAGAAGAUUCUAAGUGAAUUAAAAGGGACAUUGCAGAAAAUGGAGCAUUUUGCUAACCAGAUUUCAAUGCAAAAGCGGAACGAAACCAGUGACAUAAACACCGUUGAAAUCGCUGCCGAGUCCAAUAAUGAAGAGGGCAUGCAGUGUAACUUAAUCCAUAGUUAUGCAAUCGAUAAUCUAAUGUUCAAACUAAGCGAAGAAGUCCAUUCAGAGAAGACCGGAAGGACGAAAAUACUAAAGAUAAAAGAUCCAAAGGUAUUGAAAGACACCUUUGAAGUACUUAAAGCUUACAAUAAACCACCAAUACCCAUUGGUGAAGGUGAUUCUUUGAAAGUUUCUUCUGAAGACGCCACAAUAUCUACAGAACCCCGUAGCAGUCUGUUGUUGCGUGCUCCUAUGCGGUUUCUUAGAGAAAAUGGCGUCGUUCUUGGCAGCGUACCAGCAUUUUUCGUCUAUAUGUUAGUUGUGUAUGGUUUCAUUAUGUUGUUAGUAAAAGGUUAA